AAUGGAAACUAUUUCGCCGUACCAAAAAUCAAAAUCAAAAAACAAAAACAAAAGCCAUGGAGUGACACCAGCCCCAACCCCUCUGGUCUGCGCUGCACGGGCGACUAGCUUGAUCGAUUCUGGAGCUCGCCUUCCAUGGCUUCCCUCUCCAACAUCUACUCCUCCUCCCCGCUCAAAUCUCAGAAACCUAUUCCCCUAGCUUCGCCGCCGUCGACUUUCUCAUUUCCCGCUCUUUCAAAACUGGUGUACCGGUCUUCGGAUCGUCCUCUGGGUCUGGUUCACUCCGUGGCUCGCGACAUCUCGACGGAGUUGUCGACGGCCGCCGACGGGUUGCCGAGGCCGAAACAGGGGAAUGGUCUAGAGAAGGAGCCGCGGGCUCUGUGGCGCAGAUACGUGGACUGGUUGUACCAGCACAAGGAGCUGGGACUGUUCCUGGACGUGAGCCGGGUUGGCUUUAGCGACGAGUUUGUGGAGGAGAUGGAGCCGAGGUUUCAGGCGGCGUUUCGGGCGAUGCAGGAGCUGGAGAAGGGGGCGAUUGCGAACCCCGACGAGGGGCGCAUGGUGGGUCACUAUUGGCUGCGGAACUCUAAGCUUGCCCCUACUUCGUUCCUCAGGUCGCAGAUUGAGAAGACGCUCGAUGCCGUUUGCCAGUUCGCCGAGGACGUCAUCAGUGGUAAGAUUAAGCCCCCAUCUUCCCCCUGCUUUACACAUGUACUUUCUGUUGGAAUUGGUGGUUCAGCUCUUGGGCCGCAGUUUGUUGCAGAGGCAUUGGCUCCUGAUAAUCCUCCUCUCAAGAUAAGAUUCAUUGACAAUACAGAUCCAGCUGGAAUUGAUCAUCAAAUUGCACAGCUUGGCCCUGAGCUUGCUACCACUCUUGUAGUAGUAAUUUCAAAGAGUGGUGGUACUCCCGAAACUAGAAAUGGUUUAUUGGAAGUGCAGAAAGCCUUUCGUGAAGCUGGCCUGGAUUUUGCAAAACAGGGUGUUGCUAUUACACAAGAAAAUUCAUUGUUAGACAACACUGCUAGAAUUGAGGGUUGGGUAGCUAGGUUUCCUAUGUUUGACUGGGUGGGUGGUAGAACAUCUGAAAUGUCUGCAGUUGGUCUACUUCCUGCAGCACUUCAGGGAAUUGACAUUAGAGAAAUGCUUGCUGGCGCGUCUUUGAUGGAUGAGGCAAAUAGGACCACUGAGGUAAGAAACAACCCAGCAGCAUUGUUAGCCUUGUGCUGGUACUGGGCUUCAGAUGGAGUUGGGUCCAAGGAUAUGGUCGUUCUUCCUUACAAGGACAGUUUAUUACUCUUUAGUAGGUAUUUGCAGCAGCUUGUCAUGGAAUCACUUGGGAAGGAAUUUGACCUCAAUGGUAAUCGGGUGAAUCAAGGAAUUACUGUCUAUGGAAAUAAAGGGAGCACGGAUCAGCAUGCUUACAUUCAACAGCUUAGAGAGGGUGUGCAUAACUUCUUUGUGACAUUCAUCGAAGUGCUUCGUGAUAGACCCCCUGGUCAUGACUGGGAGCUUGAACCUGGUGUCACUUGUGGUGACUACCUAUUUGGAAUGUUACAGGGAACAAGAUCAGCUUUAUAUGCCAAUGACCGGGAGUCAAUUACAGUCACCGUGCAAGAAAUCACGCCUAGGUCUGUGGGGGCUUUAAUAGCACUGUAUGAGCGAGCAGUUGGAAUAUAUGCCUCGCUGGUCAACAUUAAUGCUUACCAUCAACCUGGCGUGGAAGCUGGGAAAAAAGCAGCUGGAGAAGUAUUAGCUCUCCAGAAGCGGGUUCUAGCUGUACUCAAUGAGGCAAGCUGUAAGGAGCCCGUUGAACCAUUGACGAUUGAUGAAGUCGCUGAACGUUGCCAUGCUCCUGAAGAUAUUGAAAUGAUUUACAAGAUCAUUGCACAUAUAGCAGCUAAUGAUAGAGCACUUAUUGCCGAAGGCAGCUGUGGUUCACCUAGGAGCAUCAAAGUUUUCCUUGGGGAGUGCAAUGUUGACGAGAUGUAAUGUCUGAGUUCCCUUCAGAGUAUGUAUUAUGUUUUACAUUUUAUGCAGCUGUUUUUAUUUCACGAGAGAACUCCAAUAAACAAACUGGUUUUGGCCCCAAAAGUAUCACUGCUGUUGGAAAAUUGGGGACUGUUACUGGACUGACUUUGAAAUAAAAUUCUGUUUGAUAUGGCCUUUUUUUUAAAAAUAAAUAAAUAAAAUUUUCAUACA